CACACACAGACACAAAGUCUGCAGAAAGAAUCAUGCUCUCUUGCACAGGCACUCUCAACAAUUUUGUGAUAGCAGAGAGCAGAAAAGGAAACUCAUACUCAGCAGUAGAAACAUCUCCACGCAGGAAGCCGCAUAAUGUUGUCGAUGUGAGAAAUUCAUUUCAGAAAAUCAGAGAUUUGUUGAAGAAAGAUGAGGUUGAGCUAUCAGUUUCCUCAUAUGACACUGCUUGGGUUGCGAUGGUACCUUCUCAGAAUGGCUCAAAGCAGCCUCUUUUCCCAGAUUGCCUCAACUGGAUUAUGGAGAAUCAGCUGCCUGAUGGUUCAUGGGCCUUUGAUCCUGCACAUCCCCUCCUUAUUAAAGACUCCCUCUCUUCCACACUUGCCUGUCUACUAGCUCUCCAUAAAUGGAAUGUGGGCGACCAGCUUGUGAAUAAAGGUUUAGACUUCAUGGCCUCUAACAUUUGGGCUGCCACUGACAAGCAUCAAUUUUCUCCUCUUGGCUUCGAUAUAAUAUUUUCGGGCAUGAUUGAGCAUGCCAGAGACGCAGGCUUGAAUCUUCCUUUCAACAGCUCUUCAGUAGAGGGAAUGCUUCUCAAGCGAGAUUUGGAAAUUAAAAGAUUCCAAGGCGAGAUAAACGAUCUUGCAUACUAUGCAGAGGGGCUGACCAGAUUAAAUGAUUGGCAGAAGCUAAUGAAACAUCAAAGAAGCAACGGCUCGCUCUUUAAUUCACCAUCUGCAACUGCAGCUGCUCUCAUCCAUCUUCGCGAUGAAAAAUGUUUAGAUUACUUGCACUCACUAGUGAUAAAAUUCGACAAAGCAGUUCCAACCAUUUAUCCACUGGAUAUCUCUCCCCGCCUAGAUAUGAUUGACAGUUUGGCAAAGCUGGGAAUAGAUAGACAUUUCACUGAAGAAACAGCAACCACACUAGAUUAUAUAUACAGAUCCUGGAAGCAACGCAAUGAAGAAAUAUUUUCGGACCCUGGAUGUUGUGCCUUGGCAUUUAGGCUCCUACGAAUGAAUGGCUACGAAAUCUCUUCUGAUGCAUUGAUAAAUUUUGACAAACAAGAGAGUGUUUCAGUUUUAGCGAGUGAAAAUGUCAAGUCAGUCUUAGAGUUAUACAAGGCUUCACAGUUGACAAUAUUUCAUAAUGAACAUGUUCUUGAGAGAAUUUCUUCUUGGACAAGAACCUAUCUUGAAGAGAAGAUAGCGAGUACUGGGGCGAUUCAAUGCAAGAGUUUGCAUAAUGAGGUGGAUUAUGCUCUUAAACACCCAUAUGCAAAUUUGGAAAGAAUUGAAAGCCGUCGUUUUAUACAGAGUUACAAUACAGAUAGCAUUCAACUUCUUAAAUCAUCUUACAGGUGUUUCGAUAUUGAUAAAAGAGAUAUCUUAAGACUUUCAGUUCAAGACUUUAACGAUUGUCAAGCCAUACACCGCAAAGAACUUGAAUAUUUAGAAAGGUGGAUCAGAGAAUACAGUUUGGAAAAAUUGAAGUUUGCAAGACAGAAGAUAUCAUAUGCUUAUUUUUCUAUUGCUGCAGUGCUUUGCCACCCUGAUCUCUCUGAUGCUCGCAUCUCAUGGGCUCAAAACUCUGUUUUAACAACUGUUGUCGAUGAUUUCUUUGACGUUGCUGGUUCCAUGGAGGAACUGCAUAACCUCAUUGAAUUGGUUCAGAGUUGGGAUGAGCACUCAACCGUUGGAUUCAAGUCCAAAGAUGUGGAGAUACUCUUUUAUGCAAUUUACGGCACAACAAACGACCUCGCUGAUAAGGCCAGAAGCCAACAAGGACGAUGGGUCAAAAAACACUUGAUUGAUAUUUGGAUCACUCUGCUCGAUUCUUGGUUGAAAGAAACUGAGUGGGCAAGAAACAAACAAGUGCCAACGAUGUAUGAAUACAUUACAAAUGGAUAUAAAUCAUUUGCCUUAGGUCCUAUUGUUCUCAUAUCACUUUACUUCGUGGGAUCUAAACUCUCUGAGGAAGUUGUCCAAAGCCAGGAGUACAAUGAUCUAUUCAUGCAUCUCAGCAUAAUUGGCCGACUUGUAAAUGAUCGUGUAACUGUUAUGAAAGAUGGUGCACAAGGAAAGUUGAAUGGUGCGGCACUACCAGUAAUACAUGGUCGUGGAGCCAUAACCGAAAAGGAGGCUCAAGAGGAGGUUGCGAGAAUCAUAGAGAGCCAUAGGAGAGCAUUACUGAGAAUGGUGCAACAAACAAAAGGAAGCGUGGUUCCUAAAGCUUGCAAGGAUAUGUUUUGGAAGAUGAGCAAGAUCUUGCACCUCUUCUACAUGGGUGAUGAUGGCUUUUCAAGUCCACGCAAAAUGGUUAGUGCUGUGAAUGCAAUCGUCAAUGAACCAAUCUAUCUACCCACAUACUCAAACUUGGAUUAAGUUGAGGAAUCCAAACGUGGUUUGUACUGGAGAAUAAAAAGUUCAUAAUUCCUUCCCCACAUUGAGAUGUAUUCCAAACGACUCAAAUAAGGAAACAAAACCAGCAAAUAAGGAAACAAAACCAGCAAAUAACGUUGAUAUCUCAACUGAAAAAGAAGCAAAGACUAUCUCAGAUGAAAUGAGACAAAAAAAUCAAUAUCAAAGCAUGAUUUGAUGGUGCUAAAAUUUUGUAAUUUCUGACGUUCUUUUUGUUUUUUUCUUGAUUUUCUUUCCAUUAUUUCUCGUGUAUUAUUGUAUAAAUAACAACCCUUGUUCUCCUGUCGUACACAAGCAAGAAUCAUUUUAUAAUAAACUUGUUUUUCUUCUUGCUAUGAAA